AUGCGCACUUCUCGCACUUCAAAGGAGACGGCGAAAGUGCUGCAGGCCUUAUCCGCCCCCGUGCGACGCCAGACGCGUAACUCGUCCGCUGCCAGCGCGUUGAAAAGUUUCACCUACAAUGCGAAUGCGACUUCGACCGCCAAGACAGAACCAGGGACUGGAUCUGUAGUACCCAGUUUGUCUGCCGUUAGCGACGAUGACUCUUCUCUUUCCGAGGCCGACACGGCGGACAUCGAAGAUCUCCUCGGCCCGCCACCGAAACGCCAGAAGCGCAAUGCGAGUCCUAUAAACUCACCACACAAGCAGAGCCCUCGUACACCCCGCAAGGUAAUCGUGAAAGACGAUCCGGACCAAAAGCCCACGCGCGCACCACAACCCCGACGUCUCCCCGCUCGCAAAAUCCGCGAUGCCGAUGGAUCGGUCACGGUCGAGCCCCCGUCUAACUGGGAUACAAUGUACAACACCGUCAAGAAGAUGCGAGAAGACAACCCGACCGCACCAGUCGACACAAUGGGCUGUGCCGAGCUCUACUGGCGUGCCUCCUCACCAAUCGACCGACGCUUCCAAACCCUCAUCGCACUGAUGCUCUCAUCCCAAACAAAAGACACAGUGACAGCGGUAGCAAUGCACCGUCUACACACCGAGCUCGGCGAUCCCACUCCCUCCUCCCCUAUCAAAAUCAAACAAGAACCCGACGAGUCCAAACCAGACAAAGACAGCACGCUGAACCUGCAAAACAUCCUCACUGUCGAUCCCGUCCGCCUAAACGAAUUAAUCCGCACAGUCGGCUUCCACAACAACAAAACAAAAUACAUCAAGGCCGCCGCCCUGAUCCUGCGUGACCAGUACGAAGGCGAUAUCCCGUCUACCCCGGAAGGUCUCAUGGGGUUACCGGGUGUCGGACCGAAGAUGGCGUACCUGUGUCUGAGUGCGGCUUGGGGUAAACAUUUGGGUAUUGGGGUUGAUGUGCAUGUGCAUCGGAUUACGAAUCUAUGGGGCUGGAAUAAGACUAAGACGCCAGAGGAGACGAGGUUGGCGUUGCAGGCGUGGUUGCCGCAUGAGAAGUGGCAUGAGAUUAAUAAGUUGCUUGUUGGGCUGGGGCAGACGGUUUGUUUGCCUGUUAAGCGGAGGUGUGGGGAUUGUUACCUUGCUGGGUCGGGGCUUUGUAAGAGUGAGAUUCGCGGGUUGGAGCCGAGUUUGGGGAGGGUUAAGGAGGAUUUGGAUGAGCCCAAGGUUAAGAUUGAAUCUCUGUGA